AUGGCUUCUCAAACUUAUCAUCAAUCAGUGCUUAAGUCGGAUCAUGAUCAAGUUGAAACCAUUGAUAUUCAAAAUCAAAAUCAAAUCAAAAUCCAACAAACUUCACCAGAAUCAACAUCGGAUCUUACCAUUUGCAGUCCAGAUGAAUUCAACAAAACAGUUUAUAAACAACCAUCGGGAUCUUUCUCUUCUAGUUCUAGCGAGCUUACAAGAUUUGGAUCCAAAUGUGAUUUACCGCAUCUUAAUACUAAUCUCAAUGGUCCCAAUGUUGGUUCUAGUGUUACGAUGGUGGCUGAUUUAGAUAGAUAUAAAAAAAACGACAAGAAGGAAGAAGGAAAGUCUGAUGAGAAAGCUAUAAUUAAAAUUAAAGAUGAUGUAAAGUUUUCAAAAAGAUUUUACAAUUUUUGUUUAAAUUUCUUGACUUGGUUUACACCUUAUAGACAAAUUUUAUUUCUCGUGAUCUUCAUAAAUGCACUAAUCAUCAUAGCUAUAUCUUCUGGUUUGUUUGGUGGAGCUAAUAGAGAUUUAUCACUUCUUGUGAUUAUUAAUAUCUUCAUUGCUAUUGGAAUUCGAAAUGAAUGGGUGAUCAGAUUUAUUUAUUGGAUUUUCAUUAAAGCUUUCAGAAGUUCUAGAAUUCCUGUUGGUAUCAGAAAAGAAAUUGUUGGAAUAUUGUAUCAUAUUGGUGGAUUGCAUAGCGGUUGUGGAGUCUCCGCUAUGUUGUGGUUGGGAUUAUCCGCUUAUCAACACUUCAAGAAUCAUAAAGAAAAGGCAUAUCAUCCUGCACUUUUAAGUAUAUUAUCGAUGGCUAUCUUGUGUGUUGUGAUGACCUGUAUUGUGGCUACUCCGAUUGUACGCGGUCCCAGACACAAAUUUGUUGGAUGUAUAAUGUCUUCUUGGAUCACGACGCGACAGGUCUCAGUUGAAGUCUUCACCUCUUCAAAAAAAGCAACGGUUAUCAAAGUACCAGGCGGAUUAACUUCAGGUGUGCAUACUCGUAUCUCUCGUGGUGGAUUAAAAGAAUGGCACAUCUUUGGUUCUAUAAGUUUAUUUAACUUUGGACAACUUAGUGAAGGAAAAAAUGCGGAUUGUCACUAUUUAGUUGCAGCUGUACAAGGUGACUUUACAACAAGUUUAAAUUUAGAACAACCCACACGACUAUACACAAAAACUUGGAAGCCUGCUGGAUUACCGUACUUUUCUAGAAUGUUUAACAGAGGUGUAGCGGUUUGUACAGGAUCGGGUAUUGGUGCAGUAGCUUCUACUUGUAUACAACAUUCGGAUUGGUUUUUGAUUUGGAUUGGACCUGACCUGAAAAACACCUAUGGUACCGUCUUGAUGGGUUUAAUUGAAACCAAGAUCCCAGAAGAAAGAAGAUUAAUUUGGGAUACUCGUAGUAAAUUAGGUAGACCUGAUGUUUUUCCACUUUUAGCUAAAACUUAUAAAGAAUGGAACGCUGAAGUCGUCCUUUUUAUUGGAAGUCCAGCUCUUAAUCAAAAUAUGCUUAAAUCUUCACUCGAAGCUAAAAUUCCAUUGUUUGGAUCAAUUUGGGACGCAUAA